AUGAAAGCACUCAAUUUAGCAUGGGAGAAGGCACCUUUUAAAAUCGACGUAGAAAGCAUUGGUAGAGUUCAUUCGCCAGCAAUUCAACAACCGGAUGGCACCCCUCUAAAAGGUGACUUCUAUAUUGUAAUGUUGAAUGGCCAAAAAGUGACUAUGAAACUGGAAGAAAAUAAAACCGUGUUAGCUUUGAGAGCUUCUGUAAAUAAGCAAUUAAAAGUUAAUCAAACAAAACAAAAGUUGAUUUAUCGCG